GAACUCUUGGUGGUGCUCUGACGACAUUCAGUAACGUUGGCGCAGUGGUCUGAAAAGCCGGGCAUAGAAAGUAGCCCACAAAAACUCGCUCCUACAUUCGCCUGUAUGUUCAACAAGGAUACGUUGCAGUUCAAAAACUGGGUAUUCACCGAAAGCUACCUCUGGACUUUAACUAUAAGGCUAUAAGUAUGUCCUGUACAGCACACCUGAUCCCCGUGUGAGAUAAACUGAGUGGGCGUGAUCCUCGCCUCAGGGGAAACUGACGUACACGUAUCAGCACGGUGUAUAAAGGACAAACCACCGGCUCAGAACGAUCAUUCUGGAACCAGACUAGAAAACAUGGCAUCUCAGGGCGCCGUACUGGUUCCCAGAAACGUACACAUCAUGGAUAUACCAGGAACAGGACGCCGCAAUCGUCCGGUGAAUGUGGGACUCACGGGGAGAACCAACUCAACAUACUGGGGGCCACCGCCAAGAGAAACGUCUGGUGAUGCUACCGUCACAGCGAGGAUUUCUUUCCCACCGACGACGACGCAUGUUCAGAGAAAGCAGAGCGGGGAUAGAACUGUGCUACCGCCGCCUAGUAGGAUUAGCAGGCGGGAACCUUCGCGUGAACGACUCAGGGGGCAGUCUCGGGAGCAUCCUCGGCGGCCCAAGCCUCCUUCCCCGCCUGACGUCAAACAACAAGACGGUGCAGGUGUUGCGGAAAAUACUACCAACAACAACAACCAGAAUCAGUCCCCACCGCCAACACGGGGGACCCAACGUGACACCGGUUGUAGACUGAACGAGAUAUACGAACUCUGGAAGACGGAUUCCUACCGCGACGAAGCUCGUGCCGACGGGCGGAAGAAACUCACACCUCUAGCGACGGCUAGUAGAGUUCUAGACCCCACCGGACUGACAGAAGAAAGCAUGGAGUGGCUACAGGGGUAUACCGAAGAAGAAGAGAGAAGACAAGCUGUCAUGAAGAAAUGUUCGGAUUGGGUCAACUCUCUUCCUAACAGGUUUCCCGCCUUCUGUCAACCAGGAGAAAAGGACUCCGAACCCAUCUCAGCACUGCCUCCUAUAAUUGAGAGGGAAUGAUUCACGUAUAAACGAAGGACUUUAUCAUUUCAGAGACUUUUAAGGCACCCAUUUCACUAAACUGUGAUCGUAAACGAACGUACAGCGACCGUACAGCGAGCGUACAAGAUUUGUAUGGCCCUUGAAUU